AUGGAUGGCCGCUACCUGGCCUCGGGCGACAAGAACAGGGAGAUUCUCAUCUGGCAGGAGGGCAAGAUUGCCAUCAAGGACUGGCAGUACCACUCCGCCAGGAUCAACAAGCUCGUCUGGAGCCCUGACUCCAAGUUCCUCGCCUCAGCUUCGCUCGACACCAACAUCAUCAUCUGGAGUGUUGAGACGCCCAACAAGCGGCUCACCAUCACCGCUGCCCACCACGGUGGCGUGAAUGACCUCACUUGGCUCGACCAGUCGACCCUUGCUUCUGUUGGUCAGGACUGCACCACCCGCACCUGGAAUGUACUCUGGGAGUAA